GGGCGACGGAGCGCGAUGGCGGCCGAGGCGGAUUCCUGGGACGCCGACAGCUUCGAGGCGGCGCCGCCCCUGGCCGGAGCCCUCCGCCCGCUGCCCACGGCCGGCGCCGGCGCGGUCGACCGCUGGGCCGGCGAGGACGAGGACGACGACGUCAAGGAUAACUGGGAUGAUGAAGAGGAGGAGGAGGAGGAGGAAAAGGAGGUGGAGGUAAAACCAGAGCCCAAAGUUUCAGAAAAGAAGAAAAUAGCAGAAAAAAUAAAAGAGAGGGAAAAUCAGCAGAAGAAAAAGCAAGAGGAGAUUAAAAAAAGGUUAGAGGCAUCAGAAGAGACUAAGGAACUGACGCCAGAAGAACUGUUAGCAGAUAAACUCCGGCUACAGAAAUUACAAGAAGAGGCUGACCUUGAAUUAGCAAAAGAAACUUUUGGUGUGAACAACACAUUUGGAAUAGAUGCUAUGAAUCCAUCUUCAAAAGAUGACUUUACGGAAUUCGGCAAAGUUUUAAAAGAAAAAAUAACACAGUAUGAGAAAUCUCUAUAUUAUGCUGGCUUUUUGGAAACAUUAGUUCGAGACAUUUGUAUUUCAUUGGAAGUUGAUGACUUGAAAAAGGUCACAAAUUCCUUGACAGUUCUAUGCAGCGAGAAGCAGAAACAAGAGAAGCAAAAUAAAGCCAAAAAGAAGAAGAAAGGUGUGGUGCCAGGCGGGGGCUUAAAAGCAACCAUGAAAGACGACCUUGCGGAUUAUGGGGGCUACGUUCAAGACUUCGAAGACUUCAUGUGACAUUUCUCCUCCUUUCUGUUGUCUUUCUGUUGCCCAGAAUCUCAUAAAUGUGUAGCACAACUUAUUUCCUUUCAAUUCUGCCAAAUGCUACAAUCAAAAUGCAGUAUUUUUGUGCUGGCAGCCUGUCGGCACCUGGCUGCAAAAGCAUUGGAUGCCCAUCUCGACGUCAAGGGAAUAAAAUUGAGGCUCAGUUUGCUUGCUUGAUCAUAGGACAGGACAGAACUUUUAAGAAUAUUUGACUUCAUAGCAGCAGAAGCAGCACCAAAUUGGAAACGCAAGGCCCAAAUUAGGUUACCAGCGCCACA